AUGUACAAAACGGCGAGUCAGUCACUCCAUCGUUAUUGGGUUCUUGCAACAAGUCGAAAUAUUCAAGUCAUAAGAAAAGACAUGUUAUGGCACAACGUAAUCCCGGAUAGUCUUUAUGAAGCGAAUAACCAAGAAUGGGAAGAAGCUUCGUAG